AUGAUCUCAAUGUGUGAUAUAGAAGACACAACGUCGCUUAAUCGGAUCUCUAGUGAUGAUGAGGAAUCUUUGGAAAGUCCGUUAAUUAGUUAGAAGUUUCAAGAAAUGAAAUAAGAAUGUGUUGAUUAAUGUGAAGUGGAGGUGGCAAUUACAUAAAUUCCAAUAGAAAUAUCAUUCGAUAGACAUAUAGAUCAAAGGAUUAACGACACUGCUGUGUUGCAACAUCAUGCGGAUGAAAUUACGGAGAAGGUAAUGAAGAAUGUUAAGAGAGCAUUUUCGAGGGAUUAUAUAAAGGAAAUCGUAUCCAAAUCGAAGAAAAGAUUUAAGGUGGAUGGUUUUAAUUUGGAUUUAACUUAUAUUGAAGACAAUUUAAUUGCAAUGGGUUUUCCUGCAGAGAAUUUUGAAGCUAUUUAUAGGAAUCCCAUGUCAGAGGUGUAGAAAUUCUUAAAUACACGUCAUCCCAACAACUAUAUGGUCAUCAAUUUAUGUUCAGAAAGAAAGUAUAAGCAUGAAUCAUUUUUUAAAGUGGCUGAAUUUCCUUUUGACGAUCAUCAGGCACCCCCUUUUAAUUUGAUAGUUGAAUUUUGUGCUAUGGUGCACAGUUGGUUGAUGUCUAAUCCAAAUAAUGUAAUUGCAGUCCAUUGUAAGGCUGGCAAGGGGCGAACGGGAUUGAUGAUUUGUUGUUAUUUGCUAUACUGUGGUAAGUACGUUUCAAGCCAAGAUGCCUUAGCAUAUUAUGGACUAGUUCGUACUUUGAAUUAGAAGGGAGUUACCAUUCCGAGUUAGAUUAGAUAUGUUCAUUAUUUUAGUUUUGCUUUGAAAAACGACCUAAUCAAGAGGCCAUUUCUUUAAGUAGAGUUGCUUUCAGUAAGAUUGGUUGGUUUGAUCCACGGAACAUUGAUACGAUUGUAGAAUAAUAGCAAGCAAUUGAUAGAAAAAGCACAGAUUAUAUCAGAGAAGGAAGUGAUUUUCACUUUUGAUGGUGUAUACCUUUAAGGGGAUGUGCUCUUGUAGAUCUUCUAAAAGUCAAUUGUAUCAGAGUCCAAAAUGUUAUAAAUUUGGUUCAAUACAACUUUUGUAUCAUUAUCCCCGAAUGAAUAAAUAUUUAAGGCUUCUGAAAUAGACUUCAUGAAGAAUACGAAAAAAAAGAAACACUGCACGAAUAUACAGUUAGAACUUUUACUUGAUAAAACUAUAGAGAUCAGAAAACGAUCAAAUUGUUUAUCUAAAGAUAUAUGA